AUAGCCACUUGUCAUGCCUAUGGUGUACCUCCGUUUGGACCCGUGAUCGAUGAAACGCGUGUGUAUGAACACGGUCCCGAAUUGGCCAAUCUUUUGCUCGAGAAGGCCUGUAAUGCUGCAAAUGCGGCUAUGAAAGUCGACAAAUUUCAAACGAUGAUUCAACGUUCCCGAACGGACUAUCUUCGACAGUUUGCUAACGAUCACGUAUGGUCUAGUUCAAUCACCCGAAUCAGAGAACGAAAAGCCUCGCCUUUUCGUGCCAUUGGGCGUAAACGAACUACUCUGGCUGCUGGCCCAAAUCAAUCAAUCAGUGAAUUGGAGAUGCAGACGAGCCUGAAUGGUGACUCGGAAUACGGAUCCGCACGAAACUCCCAGUCUAUUACACCCAAUUCCACAACGGAGCUGCGCAAACCGCACCCGAAACGUCUGUCACGAGAGAAGACGGUCAGUGUGGUUGCUCGAACAUCGGAAUUGCCAAUUCCGGCAGGAACUACCGGUCACGUUUCCCGUACGCGUACAUCCUCGGUGUUGGGACUUACGUGUUUGGAUUUCGGACACUCGUUCCCGGUGGAAUUGGUGGAUGUUCUCACUCUGUCGGGUCGUUUGUCUCCGGCUCAACUUCUUCGAACCACAGAACCCGCCAAAUCGGACUUGGAUGCUCUGUCAGUUGAACUCACCAUGAGCAAACAUUGGCUGGUCUUGACCACUGUCUCUGAUCCGUCAAUUUCGUCCAAUUUUCCAGCACAACUAUUGCUAGCUGUUCCAACCCGAUCGAUUUUCGCCUACUCCCUUGAAAAAAAUCAAACUGUGUAA